GCCAGGUACUUGUUUUUGGGGGCGCAAAGUACUACCAUUAAUUUCGACUACAAUAUUUCCUCUAAUACGUAGUAGCUUCGAAAAAUUACGGUUCUUUACUCGACACUAAGGUCUUAAGGUUCCGCGGGUUAAAGAUAACCUAUUGUCAGGUUAGCGAAUGGUUGAGUCUGUUACAUCAGCACAUUUAGCUAACAAUGCCCAGGCCAUUUUACCGGGUAUGGCAAAGUGACAACAGGCAGACUGCUGGUCAAAAAAGACAGAGAGUGGGUUUCGACUCCAGUGCUUCAGAAAGCUCAGAUUCUGAAUCUGAUGGGAGCUCUGACACUGACACAGACACAGACAGUGAUACAGAGGAAGAGGACUCUGGAUUCUUAAAUAGGAAACCUGUUAGAGCCAAACAAAAAGUUUCCAAGAAAACCACCACCGAAAGACGGAAAGCUGGAGCUCCCAUUAAGAUGAACAAUAAGGAGAAGAACGGAAAAGGUUCCAGUACAACCAUCGCAAAAAAGCAAAGGCCUAAAGCUACCAAUAAAAGAAAUAAUAAUGAGAAGAAAGCUUCAUGCAAGAAAGUUCUCACCGAAAAACCAGCAACAAAUAAAAGAAAGAAUGGUGUCAGUACAACCAACACAAAGAAGCAAAAGCCUGAAGCAACAAAUAAAACAAAUCAUAAAGAAAAGAAAGCCUCACCCAAGAAAGUUCCUAUGGAAAAAGCAGGAGCAAAUAAAAGAAAGAAUGUUACUAAGGAGGGGAGAGAAAAUGAAGAUGGACCCAAAGCAAAGAAGAGACGAGAAGCUCUUCCCAAACAGUGCCCAUUAACUAGUGAAGAAAGUGAAGAAUCUGUGAAUACAAAUUCAAUCCCCCCAUAUGUGUUGGCAAGAGGACUAGUGGCACUAGCCGCAUACAAGAGAGCACUAGAGAAAGGCAAAACCUACGAUAGACGUAUCAAAAUAGUGUUGAUUGGUCAGGACCGUAGUGGUAAAACAAGCCUUAGAAGAUACCUCGUAGGUGAAACAUUCAAUGAACAGGAACCAAGCACUGAUGGAAUUGAAAUGAUUCCAUCUAUCAAGAACGCAGAAACAGGUGCAUGGAAAAAUCCUGCUGAUUUAAAGACCACAAGUGCAUUUCACCACAAGUUUGCUGAAGUGGUUACCGAGAAGAUAUCCAGUAGCUCUAAAACUUCCGCUCAGCUGUUCAUUGAAGAAAGAAGGGAAACACAAAAAGUAACACAAGAAACUCCAAGUAAACUACUUAUACAUGAAACCUCAGAACUAGUUUUGUCAGAAUCAAUUGGAAAGUUCCCGUUAUCUUGCCUUUCCCGAUAGAUCAUCGUAGGAGCUCGAGGAGAAAAGUGGCAGCUAAGUGAUUUGCUACUGUGUGUUGUGUACGCAGGGAGAAUGUUUUUAACCAUAGCAAAAAAAUUAACAAAACAAAAUUUCGAUGUUAGGUACCCAGGAUGUCAAAAAGGAACAAAUACCAGAAGAAAUACCGGAGAAAGUACUCUUCCUCAUCGAGCGUGGCCUCGAGGGAAAUUACA